AUGGACGCAAUGAAGAUUCAGUUCAGGCAGUCAUUAGAAGUGUUGCAUGCCGAUGAGGAUGAUGCUUCUGAAAUCGAUACUGCUGAGUUCCAAUCAGAGGCGAAUUUUCGUGAAAAAAAGCUUAUCGAAGAAAACUUUGUCUGUAGUUUCGCAAAUGUCAGCACAAGAGAACCUGAAGGCGCGAUGUACCGUCCUACCAUUGUCGCAGAUUAA